ACGCUCUAACGUUAGCCGCCGCCAUUCGAGAAACCGGCAUUGCAUAGUGCGCCCGACAGUGUGAAAUACGAAUUUUUAAGUGAAAUAAACAUAAUAAAUACAUUGUAACAAAAUGGACAGCUACCCUCUCAGGCUGUUCGUCAUCUCGCUGAUGUUUCACUGCAGCUUCCAACUGCUGCCUUUGCCCGACUUCAUCCACCCCUGCUACGAGCUCACCGACGAAUGCUUCACCAAGGCCACCAUGGACGCCAUCCCAGGCGUGGUGAAGGGCAUCCCAGAAGCCGGCAUCCCCACCCUGGACCCUCUCUUCAUAGACAAGAACAUCAGCAUCGAACUGCCUGGAAAUUUGAAGAUGCAGUUCCAUAAUGCUAAGCUGGUGGGGCUGAGUACCUGCGUGCCGGAUAAGGUGUCGUCCCGCCGCGAGGCGCGCACUUUCAUCUUCGACAUGCACUGCAACUUCACCAUCCGAGGGUUGUACAGCUUGCGCGGGCGCCUGCUGCUCUUCAACCUUGACACCGAAGGAUCGGCCAAGAUCAAAAUCUGGAACCAGCAUAUCCGCCUGGACGUGGUGGAGAAGGUGGUGCUGAAGAAGAACGGCGAAGGCCACUACAAGGUCAACUCGUACAAGUACAAGGCCGACUACGGUACGGACCUCAAGAUGAACUUGACCAACCUCAUCCGGGGGAACCCUGAAAUAAGUGCCCAACUCCUCCAAGUGCUGAACCGGGACUCCCAGCUAUUCGCCAACGAGUUCGGGGGUCCGAUCCUGGACUACGCCAUCGACUACGCCAUGAACGUCACCCAGCGGUUCUUUGACGCCUACACCUAUGACCAGCUCAGCCCCAUACCGCUUACUGAAGAAUUCUUCGUUAAGGAAUAGACUGUGAUUAUUGUUAGGUUUGUAGGGCUUUAAGUAUUGUAAGGGUAAAUAUAGAGAGUAAAUAUUU